AUGAAGUCGAUCAGUUUUUCGAGCCCAACCGAACUCUUUGAGUACAUUAAUAAAAAAGAGAAUAACAUUGAAGUUGUAGCAUGCAUUUUUACAAAUUUGCUUGGAAGUUUUUUUAAAUGCUUUUUUUAUGUAAAUGAUAUAUCUUUGAAUAAGUUGGAAAAGGGAUUCCCUUUUGAUGCUUCAUCAAUUAAAUUAUGUUCCGAUGCUGAAGUUAGUGAUUUUUAUUUGAGAGCUGAUUAUUCAACAUGUUAUACAGAAGAAUUUCAUGGAAAACAAAUGCUAAAUGUUUUAUGUGACAUAAAAAGAUAUAAUGGAUUAGAUUAUUAUAAAUGCCCUAGAACUAUUUUAAAAAAAACUUGUGAACUUAUUAAAAAUGAAAAUAUUGCAGAUAAUAUAUAUAUAGGAAAUGAAUUAGAGUUUUUUAUUUUUGACAAAGUUAACUUUUUAUCAGAUGAUUAUAAUGCAUACUUAAAAAUAUAUGAUAGAGAAUCUUUUUCAUGUAAAAAUUAUAUACCAGAUGUAUAUAAUAGCAAUUCAAUUAAUAAAGUUGAAAACUGUAAUAGUAAUAGUACUAGCGUAAAUGAAGAACGUUAUAGUAUUCAAAGUUUAAACAAUGUUUUCAUUAAUGAUGAUACAAAAAAGAUAAAAAAAAAAUGUGGAUAUUUUUCAACAAGCCCUUAUGAUACUUCCGAAUUAAUAAAAGUUCAUAUAUGCCGUGAUUUAAAUGAUUUAUGUAUUAAUGUACAGAAAUAUCACCAUGAAGUCUCAACUAGCCAACAUGAAAUUUCUUUAAAAUACUUUAAUGCAUUAAAAAACGCUGAUAAUUUAUUAAUAGCUAAGCAAAUAAUUAAAAAAAAUGUACAUAAUUUUAAUAGAACAGCUACUUUUAUGCCUAAGCCAUUAGUAAAUGACAAUGGAAAUGGAUUACAUUGUAAUAUUUCAUUAUGGAAAAAUAAUAGCAACAUUUUUUACAGCAAUGACCCAUCUACAUUUUUUAUUUCAAAGGAAUGCUUUUAUUUUAUGAAUGGAAUUAUAAAACAUACAAAGGCAUUACAGGCUAUAUGUAAUUCAACUAUUAACUCCUAUAAAAGAUUAAUGCCAGGUUUUGAAACAUGUCAAAAACUAUUUUACUCCUUUGGAUCUAGAAAUGCUGUUAUAAGAUUAUCUUUAAUUAAUUAUGAUAGCCCUUUAGAAAAAAGAAUUGAAUUUAGAUUACCAGAUUAUGCAAACUCACCACAUUUGGCUUUAGCUGCUAUUAUUUUGGCUGGUUAUGAUGGCAUACGGUCAAAAGAAAAACCAUUAGUACCUUUAGAAUCCAAAAAGAAUGAAUUUUUUGUUUCAAAUGUUUUUGAAAAGUAUGUUAGCAAUGAUAAUAACUUUAAAACUCUUACUAAUGCAUUAAAAGAUUAUGGUGAAGUACAUGAUGUUAAAGAGAAUCCAGAAUUUAAAAAUUUCUUUAAAUGCGAAGAACCAAAUGACAUUGCCUUUUCACUAAAGGAAAGUUUGGAUGCCCUUGAGCAGGACCAUGCCUUUUUGACCUACAACAAUAUAUUUACCGAGGAAAUGAUCAAAGAAUAUAUACAAUUUAAGAGGGACGAAAUUGCAGCUUUUGACAAAAUUGUUCAUCCUUCUGAAUUUAUCAUGUAUUAUGGAUCUUAA